AGGCGGAGGGAUCCGCUUGUCAGUGCAGCGGUCCUGACGGCGAAUCCGUCCCGGAGGCCUCGGCCGUCGGGGGUUAGAGAAGAAGCUGAUUUCUGCUUUCACAGGAUGGAGGACAGAGUGAACUAUGACUCUUAUUCUACAAACACUGUCACCAAAGACAAACCUUCUCCUCAAAGGGACGAGAGUCGGCUGAUUCCUAUCUGGACAUUUAUUCAGGAUCAUCAGAGUUCAGGUGAAGCAGAAGAGGAAACAGCAGCACUCACUAAGUCUCGUCUGUAUUUGGUGGGUUUGGGGGUUUUUGUUGGCCUGGUAACUGGAACACUCAUCUACAUGAGUGUAAGGAUGGUCACGGUGCUGGAAAAUAUCAAUGACCUUACAACAAAUAAAAGGCAGCUGCUUGUGGAAACUAGGAUAAUGGAGGGACAGAUCAACGCACUAACCCUGGAGAUCGACAAAGAGUGUGGGCCGUGUCCGGAUGACUGGAUUCUCUACAAGGACAAAUGCUACCUGUUUUACGACAAACCAGCUCCUUGGAAGACCUGGGAAGAAAGUCGAAGGUUUUGUCAGGACAGACGAGCAGAUUUGGUUCUAAUUAGUGAUCUGGAGGAGCAGGAAUUUGUCAACAAACACAUCAAAUAUUAUUAUAGUGAAAACCACGGAUACUGGAUAGGACUACAACAGGUUAACAACACCUGGACCUGGGUUACUGGACCUGUAGACACUCUUGGGUUCUGGAUGAAGCACACGGUCACCACUCCAGGACCAAAAGCUCUGGUGAUUCCAAGACAAAAUCCCUCAGAGAGCUGGAAGAAAGCAAAGAAUGGGUUUCUGAACAAAUUCAUCUGUGAGCGUGACUCUCGCCAUCCUUAAUCUAUCUAACUGCUCUCUUAAAUAUUCAUGCUGGAAUAUUAACUGUCAUUAACUUCUGUAUACAAGGUAUUACAGCAUUACUCUAAUAAUC